AUGUCAAACGAUGUGUUGUGCAAAAGUUGCUUAUUUCAAGGCCACAUCCCGCAACCGUCGAGUAUAUUUCCUACAGGGCAUUCCCUGGCUGCGGCUACUGCUCCUGCUGGGAGACCCUCCUCGGUUUCGCUAUUCCAAGCCUGCGGAGAGUUGCACGACCGGGGGUGCCUUAAGGAGCAUCACGCCGAUACCAGGAAGCCAGGAGGGGCAAGGACGGGCACAGCUCUAAAUGCAGUUGGCAGAUCCAGAGUCUUAGCAUCUGCUGCAGCACGAGCAGCCGCUGAAGGCGGGGCCGUACCUGCAUGUGCACUAGAGAAAGCAGCAGUAUCAGACAAUUAUGACGGAGUCAGAGCGGCAGCAAGCGGCUGGGACGAUGGCACAGAGGCUGUUGGGGAUUCAGAUGAGCCUGAAUGCAACAGCAGCAGCACCGCUUUUGCCAUACGUAAUACGCUGUGGCAGCGACCUCGAGCACGCUCGUCUUUCUCAGCACCGGCUGCAGCGUCACAGCAAGAUCUGCAACAACGAGGCCUUUCACGUCGUUCGUGCGGGUACUCCGGAAGUGGCACGCCAGCCAGCUGCAGUGGUAACGGUAGCGGCGCUCAGCACUGGCCAUUCAUAUUGCAUGGUGCUCGUGCUUUCUCUCAUUGUUGCCAUUUACAAAGAAAUAAUUCAAGUACGCUCGAAACAGCACCUCCCAAGGCAUUAGCCCCCAUUGAGCCACAGGCCUUGCCCUGGUACUGGUUGCUGUUGACAAUUGUAGCCAUAGGGCUGCCCUGGGGCUUGCCGCGUCUUCGGGGUGUGGAUCCUCAGCUCUCAUGCACGCCCUCGCCUGUCUUUAUCUCGCGGUGUACAGACACCGAAAUCCACAGACUUGGGCUUAGCUGGUGGGAGGACGACCCAGCGGUGCUGAAGCAGCAGCAGGUGCUGCAGCGGCAGCAGCUCGCGCUUCUCAAGGAGCACCAGGCACUCACCGUGAAGGCCGCUGCAGCAGACGAGCAGCUGCUGCUGCUAGCACAACUGCAGCCUCCAGAACAGCACCAACAGCAACACCAUCAGCACCAAGAGGCGGCAAUACAAGCCAUGCGCUCUAGCCUAGUGGCGCGCCUACUCGCAUUAGAAGCCGCGAGAGAGGAGACUGCAGCAGCCGAGAGGGGCCUCUGCCGCUCGUUAUUCGCUUCUCCUUUUGAUUUCCACUCAAUGGUACUCGGAUCCUUUGCCGCUUUCUUUGCGCCGUUCGGAGGCUUUUUCGCAUCAGGAUUCAAGCGCGCCGUCAGGAUCAAGGAUUUUGGAUACUUCAUUCCUGGUCAUGGGGGAGUCACUGACCGUUUCGAUUGUCAAGUCGUCAUGGGUCUUUUUACCUUUCUCUACCAGAAGACAUUUAUACCCCAGAUAGGGGAAGCAGAGGCUGCCGCAAGGCGCACCGUUCAGCAACAGCAACAGCUGUUGCUGCUGCAGAUGCAACAGGAGCAGCAAAGGCGCCGCGCAGCCACUCAGAGCAACAGCAGCACCGGCAGGACAGCUGCAGCACUAGCACAAGAUGACGACGCUGCUAGUCGGGGUGAGCACCUCGCAGCUCAUGAAGAAGACGCCGAUCCCUCCGUUGCUGCGCUGCUCACCGCAGUGCACCACCUCACUCCGCAGCAGCUGGUUAGAUUGCAGCAGGGCAUUGAGGCGAUCGCAGCGGCCGCAAAUCUAACUGCUGGGAUUAGGGGGUAA